AUGGCAUUCCGCCUAGAGUUUAGUUGCACCAACAACAUCACGAAAUAUGAAGCUUGCGCCAUUGGUCUGGAAAUGGCAUUAUCUGUGGGAGUAGAAAAGAUCAAAGUCUUUGGAGACUCUUUGGUCGUGAACUAUCAGACUCAAGGGAAAUGGAAGACCAGGGAUGAAAAGCUGAAACCUUACCAAGUAUAUUUGGAGCAGGUGCCUAAAUGCUUCAAAGAGAUCUCUUUAGAAUACUUGCCCAAAGAUAGCAAUCGGUUUGCGAAUGCCUUGGCUACCUUAGCCUCUAUGGUAGAAUGUGAUCCUCAGGACAAGAUCCGAUCUUUUCUAGUUGAGAAAAGAAUUGGCCUGUCAUAUGGAGAGCCAGUCAAUCUACUCAUCGAGGAUGGAAGGCCCUGGUACGCCCUAAUAAUUGAUUAUAUUAGAGAACGGAAGUACCCUAAAUACUUCACAGAAGGGAAGAGAAGGCAUUUGCGAAAACAUGCCACUCAAUUCAUUCUCUAA